AUUAACCAAACGAUAUACGGCUUUACAUACAAGUCGACGGAUCAGUUGCCGGGCAAUCAUAACGAUUAUAACGCCUGUAUAUACCAAAGUCUAUCCAAAACCCACAACUCUUACGCCAAACAGAGGUUCGGGGCGUUUAUGUACUCAGCCUAUGGUCUCUCUAACUCGACAUUCAAUACAAUUGAGUUUCACAAAAUGUUUUGCCGCAAAAUGUCGGACGAGUUUAAAGACACGGUUUCGAUGACAUGUGAAUACACGGACGGCAACCGAAUGAAUGAAUUGUUUCUUUUGCAAAAAGUUAUACCAAAUUCAGGAGAACUCGAGUAUUUUGUGAUAACAAUGCGUUGGGCUUACGAUGGCCUCAAAGACAUUGCCGACACCCGAGUGUGGAAUAGUCUUCGGGUGUCGACAAUCAUAUAUAAACCCGAAGAUAAGACCACUUCUAUAAUAGCGGUGUUUCGGCACAACAAACGAUUGCUUAGUUAUGUUUUAACCACUAAUGCCACACAUGAAGACCGACGGGCCCUCUAUUAUAAGGACUAUUCAAAAGGGAAACCUUUGGAACCAAAGAAACAUAUUUCCAACACAUUAACAUUUACAGACAAUGAAUUGAUUGACUGGUCAUCAGUGGUCAGGUGUCUCAUAAAUUAUAUGACAUAUUCAGUAAUUAGUAGUUAUACUGAAGGCGUGUGUGAAGUGAAUCGCAAAUACAAUUCACAUCAAAGUGUCUUCAAUAUCGGCCCAUAUAUUGUUUACCAAACGGGCCGUCAUUUCUAUUACAAACACCGCAAAGAAAGUGGAUUUAUAUUUGAUGCAAAUGUUACACAACUGUUGGGAACGUAUUUCGACACUCGCCAUCGAGUGACCGGAUAUUCACAUAAAGUGAGCGAUCGUACGAUUUAUUGGGAUGUGAUUAUACACGGCGUCAGUCACGCGGCUUAUAGAGAGUUAGGGUAUUAUAUAUACGGCUUGUUUGGCUAUAACGACAGCAACUAUCACUUCAUGGAUACACUGACACCAAUUGUCGAUUCAAACAAAUACCCGCAUUUGUGGUUUCAAUUGGAUCAGACACUGGGCCGAGAUAUGAAUGGAUUGGGAGGCGUGUCGGGCAACGACACCCGUUUUAUGCCGGCGCUCACACUGUUUCGCCAGAAGCUAUUUAUUCAUAGGCGACAUUCAAUAAUGGUUACCAUAUUGUUUAGUAUAGUAGGAACCGAUAGUCAGGGCUGGACUUGCAUGUUUAUCGGUUUAUAUGUUGAAGAGAACCAAUACUCGCCACGACUUGUGGCUAAUUGUGCCAAAUGUGCCGACAAUAACACUAUUUAUUACUACAAAUUGAUAUAUAAGAAGAAUAUGAAGAAUAUAUACGAGAGAUAUUUUGAGUUUCACAAGAAGUCCACAAUUGGUUUCAUUAAUCAAUCCGUAGACAUAAGCGUUGCUCAAGUGAUCGGUCGACGUCUUGAACAGUUUGUCGGCCACUAA